CACCAACAAGGUGGUGGAUUCACGGUGCUGCGUUGAAUGUGCUUUAAAUAAGUAUCAAGUGUUGGGUGUUUACGAUUUGUUAGAUUUUACUGUGAUAGAAGUGGAGCAUUUGGCUUAUGACAUGAUCAUAAUAUUGGAUCAACUGUUACUGUGAAAUGCUCGGUAAUAAUAUUAAGGCGAAUGUUAACGCGGUUGCAGUGUUGUGACGUCUCGUGUUGUGUUGGCUGUCAAUUUCGGCGGCCAAGCGUGAAGAAUUUUACUACUAGUCCCCGCAGAGGCUGGAUCUCCGGGGUUGACCGUCAAAAUUAUCGAUACAAUACAGAUUACUUAGGAGAAAUAAUUAAGUGCAACGGCUCGUGAUUAGUGAAGAUAAACGCGACGAUAAAACCGUACGAUAACUCGACUCGCUCGCAGUCGCCGGCGACUCAGGGAUGAGUACUGAAUUAUUGAUUUGCGUUGAAAGAAGUGUGAAGUAAACAGAUAAGAGCCGUGUAUAAAGAUGUUUAAUUUCAUGAAAAAAGCAGCGGAGAAAGAUGACAAGGAGAAACGAAAACGCGAGAAGAAGGAAAGAAAGGAAAUCAAAAAACGGGAUCGCGGUAGCAUGUCGGCCGAGGAACUUCUUCGUCUUGACGAGGUUCGAAGGUCGCUAAAAAUACGAGGUCGCCGCAAGGAAAAGGAAAAGUUACCCAGUGGGAUAACUGCUGAUUACAGUGCAUCGUUCUUUGCACCUCUGGAUCGGGAUUUGCUGGAAAGUAUCCACCACCCAGCUGGUACGAGCUGGUCUCGGGGUACGGGUGAUGGUUUGACUCAAAGCGAUUCUUCAGAAGCAUCUCUGACUUCAUUGACAACAGCGGGUGGUAAAACACUACCCCCAUUGCCUCCAAAGCCUCCUAAACGCGGGAUCUUAAAGGGCCCUAGACUCAGUAUUACUAGUAUUACAUCCGAAAUUAGCGUGACUCAAAAUGGAAAUGAAAACCACCAGGACUCUAAUGUCCUAGUGAGAAAUACUCUGCAGAACGAGGUCAUUACCUACCAAAAUGUUCCAAAUUUGAAUAACCUAGGGCUCAACAAGGAGGAAGGGUUUAGCGAAGAAGAAUCAUAUAGGAGAAGUCCUCAGCACAGGGACAAUAAACUCCUGCAGGUUGUAACCAGUGCGAGCCCCUCCGCUGAUUCUUUAACAGACACAACAAACUCCAGCUUCGCUACACCACCGUUCAGCAUGUCUCCAGUGGGUGAAUCACAAGGAUUUUCCCGGUGGAGAUCGUCAGGAUCUUUCGAGGAACAAGGUGUUGAACUUGCUCUACCUGAGAUAGUUCCUCUGAAGCUACCGGAUCCAAGAGAACUAACGAUCCAGAGACAACCUCCACCCCGAAACGAUUUUGGAUUCUCUUUAAGACGUGCUAUGAUUGUCGAACGUGGUGCCAAUGGUGUUAAUCAAAUGAAGCCUGUAAUAUUUGCGGAGCCUGGUGCUAUUGUGCAAAAUAAUAAUGAAACUGGAUUACUCCCUGGCGAUCGGCUUAUCGAGGUCAACGGAAUUAACGUUAAUGAUAAAUCUAGAGAGGAAAUUAUCGAUCUCAUCAAGAGCUCGACCAACAGUGUCACCGUCAAGGUGCAGCCUGUGGCAGAAUUAUCGGAAUUGUCACGACGCGGCGGUAGCGACGGUACCCACGUGGUUCUCGCGCCAGCUAAUAUUCAGAGUGGAACGCUGAGAAGAUCGGGGAGUUUGCGGUUUCAUCAGAACACGGCGCGAUCGGAGGAACAUCUGGCACAGGAGCAGGCGUGGCUCGCUGCAGAAAGGGUUUGGCUGUUACACAGAAGCGGAUUUUCCGCGGCAACGAGAUGUGGUCUCGCAGAUCCGGAUACUGGAAAGCUCCGGGUGCGCCUUUUGCCGUCCGGCGACGAGGUUCUCGUCGACGAAGAGGACGUCGAAAAGGCAAACCCACCGCAGUUUGACAAAGCUGAAGAAUUAUCACAGCUGCGAUUUUUAAACGAAUCAUCGGUACUUCACACUCUCAGACAAAGAUAUGCGAGCAAUUUAAUUCACACGUACGCAGGCGACAGCAUGAUCGUGAUCAAUCCGGUCGCACCGCUCGCAAUAUACUCUGAAAAGGUCGUGCACAUGUUCAAGGGCUGCAAAAGUGAAGAUAUGCCGCCGCACAUUUACGCCGUGGCGCAAGCAGCGUACAGAGGGAUGUUAGCGACCAGGAGAGAUCAUUCGCUCGUUUUACUUGGACGUAGUGGAGCCGGAAAAACUACUAAUUUUAAACACGCCUUACACUACCUCGUCUUGGCGGCGGGAACUGUAAAUAAGAUUCUGACAAUCGAAAAGCUGAAUGCGGUCUUUACUGUAUUAGAAGCAUUCGGUAACAGCAGAACUCACAUGAAUUCAAACGCGACACGAUUCACCCAGUUAUUCAGCUUGGAUUUUGAUCAGUCUGGUCAAAUAGCAUCCGCAUCUUUGCAAGUCCUGCUUCUAGAAAGGUCGAGAAUCGGUCGUCGUUCCGAUGGAGAUCCCACUUUCCACGCAGUAUACAGACUUCUCGCAGGAGCCGAAGGUCCAUUACGGAAGGAGCUUCAUUUGACCAACUUGGUCGCCGAAAAUAACCCAUUUAUUACACCCCUUCAAAAGCACGAAGACAAACAGCGGGCUAUGGUCGAGUUUAACCGUAUAGUGGCUGCCUUCAAGAUCCUGGGAAUGUCGGAAACUGAGGAAAAAGUCAUCUGGCUUGUGUUAGCUGGAAUAUACCACCUCAGUUGCGCCGGUGCCGUGAAAGCUGGAACAAGUUCGCAGAGUCGUUGGCAAUUCGGGAGAGUUGAAUGCGCGGAAAGGGCAGCAACUCUGUUGGGCACUUCGGUUGAAGAAUUGAGCAGAAUGGUGUUCUCCUGUAACGGUGGUGGAGGCACACCCAAUACCUCUAGGCCGACGCUGAGAACACCAAGUCCUGAGCAAAGCAAAGAUGUUACCGGAUUGGAGGCUUUGGAGGGUCUGCUCGUUGGACUUUAUUCGGAAGUUUUCCACUGCGUGGCCGCACUCAUCAACAGAUCAAUAUCAGCGCCUGUCCACACCGUUUCGUCACUUCUUCUCUGCGACGCGCCUGGUUUCCAGAAUCCAGCUUCAUGCGGCCGACAAACAGGAGCUACAUUCGAAGAUCUUUGUCACAACUACCUGCAAGAGAGACUUCAAUUACUCUUUUAUCAUACCACACUUGUGGCUCCGAAGGACAGAUAUGCUCAAGAAGGCAUUGAUAUAGACCACGACGAUGACUACGGUUUUGGCGGAGCUGGGUCACCACAGGCGUUGGUUUCCCUUUUGGACAGGGGUGGCUCGCAGGGUGCUGCUAUGCUGAGAGCUAGUCAAAGUGAUCUCAGUAGCAGUCGACAAGCGGAACGGCGUGGGCUAUUGUGGCUUUUGGACGAAGAGGCGGCAUGUCCAGGAGGCAGCGACGAAGCCUUCCUGGAUAGAUUGUUCUCUCAUUACGGAGAUCGAGAUCACCAGAUGCUACUGCGAAAAGCUCCAGGCAACAACCAAUUUGUUCUCCAACAUCUGCAAGGAACCAAUCCAGUUUUAUAUACGGCGACUGGCUGGUUACGAGCUACUCGAGAAAAUCCAGUCGCCAAGAGCGCCAUCACCGUUCUCCAAGAAAGUCAGAGGGAGGAUGUUAAUAGACUGUUCGUAUGCGCUCGCGGAGCCGGAGUUUCCAGUGCUCUGAGUGGCUCGGUGCACGGACUCGAAGGUUCGCAGUCUUUGAGGCGAGCUUCUAGCAUACGCAGGACCUUCACAGCUGUUAAACGAAAAAACGUUUGCUUACAAGUCAAAUUUUCUGUCGAUGGGCUUAUCGAGACCCUGCGGAGGACUCGUGUCAAGUUCGUCCACUGUCUGUUACCGCAACACAACGCAGGCUGCACGGAUAACAAGAGUCUUCUUUCCGUCAAAUCCAAUCAGAGCGAGGAUAGCAUUAUCAACGUACCUCUCCUUCGAUCCCAGAUUCGGGGAAGUCAAAUCAUCGAAGCAAUUCGUCUACAUAAAGUUGGUUUCCCUAAACAUAUGCCUCUCGGCGAGUUUCGACGUCGUUUUGGACUGUUGGCGAGCGAUAACAACAUUCGCCCAGGAAGUCCUGUAGCCGACGAGCGUCGCGAAGUCGAGGACAUGCUACUGUCGGUCGACGUCGAUCCAGCUUCCUACCGUGUUGGCCAAAGCCAGAUAUUUUUCCGCUCCGGAGCCUUGGAACAACUGGAGUCGCAGAGGGACGAGAAACUGACCGGUCACGUUAUCUUACUGCAGGCGAGAUGCCGCGGAUAUCUGGCGCGUCGCAAACUCAACACCUUGAAGCUCCAGGAUAUGGCGGUGCGGUGCAUACAGAGAAAUGUGAGAAAGUUGAUGUCGGUGCGAGAAUGGCCCUGGUGGCGUCUUUACGUGAAGGUGGCACCCUUGCUGAACGUUCACCGAACGGAAGAUCAAUUGAAAGCGAGAACGGAAGAACUCGAGGUGCUCAGGGCGAAGGUCGAAAGGUUGGAACAAGAAAGGAAUCACCUGAAACACGACAACGACAAAUUGGAGACGAAGCUGAGCGAAGUCACGGCGGACUUUGCGGAAGAACAUUCGACGUCAACCCUUGCGGCGGAACGUAUCGACGUCGAGACGUCCGAACGUCAUCGUUUGGAACGUGAACUGCAAGAUGUCACGGAGGCUAAUAAAAAUUUACAGCAAACAACGGAGCGACUGGAAAUGGAACUUUUGUACGCCAGGGCCGCCGAUCUGAACGGCGUAGCGUCCGAUGGCGAGGACGGCGACGACGGAGGUGUCUACAAGCAGAGGUACGAACACGCGGUCAGGGAACUGGAAUUCACCAAAAGGAAAAUGGCCCAACAACACGAAGACGACCUUGAACAGUUGGUCGGAUUGAAGAAACAACUGGAAAAAAAGUUGGCCGACGCCUACGAGGAAGUUGAGGAACAACGGCAAGUCGUAGGUCAGUGGAAACGCCGAGUGCAGAAGCUGAACGGCGAGAUGCACGACCUACGUUUGCUGCUGGAGGAACAAACGGCAAGAAACAAUCUGCUGGAAAAGAAACAACGCAAAUUCGACUCGGAAACUCAGAAUUUGAUGGACGAUCUCAGACAGGAGAAAACUCUCCGAGAACGUAUCGCCAGAGAGAAAGAAUUGGCCAUAGCGGAGAAAUUCACCGUUGAACAGAACUUGAGUGAUGCUAGAUUGGAAAUCGAACUGAAGGAAGAACGACUUCAUGCAUUAACUCGGGACUUGGAGGACUUGACUUUCGGCGGUAAGACUGAGGAGGAAGUGGCACAGCUGAAAAAGGCGAAACACGAAUUGGAGAAAAAAACAAAGGACCAAGAAGAAGAACUCGAUGAUUUUGCCGGACAAGUGCAGCUCCUUGAACAGGCGAAACUUAGACUCGAAAUGAGCAUCGAGCAGCAAAGAAAAGAAAUGCGAAAAGAGAUGCAGCAGAGAGACGAAGAACUUGAAGAGGUGCGCGGCAACGCGCACAAGAAGGUCAAGGCUCUCGAAGUGCAAUUAGAAACUGAACACGAAGAAAGGACGAUUCUCUUGCGAGAGAAACACGAACUUGAACGUCGAUUAGUCGCCUUCGAAGAACAGGACAGAACUGACCGUGCCGCAGACGCUGAGGCUAUGCAAAGACUGAAGAGAGACUUGAAAAGGACGAGAGCGCUGCUUCGCGACGCGCAGACGAUGCUGGAGCGUACGAAAGGCGAUUCGGCUGGUAAAGCAGCCCUUCGCCAAUUGAAAAAUCAGUUGGAAGAUGCCGAAUGCGCGAGGGCCGUUGCCGUUAAAGCGAAGCAAGCCUUGGAAGUUGAAUUAAACGAAACGCAAGCCGCUCUAGAAGAAGCGUCGCGUCUUCGUUCCGACGCCGACGAACGAGCGAACGCUGCCUCAAGAGAAAGAACAGAUUUGCGCUCGCAACUGGAAGAAAACGAAGAAGAACUAGCAGAGGUGCUGAAAAAGUAUCGAGCGGUAGUGCAACAAGUAUCCGCGGAGCAAGCCCAGCUCCAAGAAGCCCACGCCCAAGUGGCCACUCUAGAAGCGGAGAGGUCUUCUCUCAAGGACCAACUGACUGAACUGUCUCAGCGUCUCGAAUCUGUAGAACAACACGGUGACCCUACCGCCAACAGUCUCGCUACUCGGCGUUUAGAAUUCCGCACCAAGGAGCUGGAGAGUAAGCUGGAAUUGGAACAAACCACGAGAGCUCGACUUGAGACUCAAAUCGCCAGACUGAAAGAGAACGUGGAUAAACUGCACACGGAAACUGCGUUGCUAAGGACAAAAGAGCAGACAGCCCAGGACGCUGCUAGGCGGUUACAGCGAUCCCUUAGGGAGGCUCGCGACGAGGCGACCGCAGCCACAGCACGUGAACACGAAUCGACGAGGGCGCGUCGUGACCUUGAAAAGACAUUGGAGGCUGCCGAAGCCGAGACGAAAGUCGCACGCGACGAUCUGCGUUUGGCUCUUCAGAGGAUCGAUGACCUCCAGAGCGCCAUACAGGGUGAACUAGACCUCGAUUGCAGCGAGGAGGCGACCACUGACAAUAGCGAUAGUGAUUGAGCAGACCCACUUCGACGUGUCUGUGCACUCAUAAAUACAAAGUGGAAACUAAAACUGCAAGAGCGAAAGAGAGACGAGAAUUGGCGCGGAGGGAACGAUCCGAUGCCAGGGAAGAUGCAGUUCCAACGGAACGGAGUUAUAUGAGCUGACCGUUGUCAGCAGUGGGCAAUGAAUUUAUAGAAGAUAUUUUCGAGGAAUUGAAAUGAUAUAUCGCAGUCUUCUUGUGCUUAAUAAAUAACACGUAUUAACUAGGGACCGUGUAGAUUUCAUUUUGUAUUAAAUAUUUCGCUGCGCGACUGUAAACGACUGCAGGUGUGAUCAGAGCGACUAUAGUAUUAUUUUUACUAUGUUAGUAAAUAAUGAAUCAAAUGAAUAAAAUAAAUAAGCAAUGCUGUUCUGUGAGUGGUUACCCCUUAGCUGUAUCAAUGACACCUUCAAUAUUGAAUUUAUACCUCCAGUUCAAGUUUUAGUCCCAGCAAGUGCGCGCGACCAAGGAUAUUAGGUGUUUUGUAUCGCUUGCAUCGAUCACUAUGGUUCCUCUCGCUUUUGUACGCUGUUGGUGCUACCGCCGUUGAUUGUCAAUGAUCAAUUGUCUUCCAAUUAUUUCGGCAAUCCCGUCAACGUAAAAAUCAAAUCAUCGUCAUUCUAACGAAAAGUAAUUACCGAUAACUUUACUCAACAAAGUAUGCUAGGAAUGCGCUAUCGUGUAAAAUAAGUAUAUUACGUAUACACCGAGAGUGUCAAACAACGGUCACGGUCAAAGAAACUGCGCAGUUGAACUCUGUAAUGUAAUUAUUAUCCGCCGCAUGAGUUAAUUAUUAUAGCACUUCAGCCCUUUGCAAGCAGCGACAACAUUGGUUGAACCUGUCGACUCGAUAUUAGAUGUUUGUAUAAAUGACAAAUAUGUGGUUAUUAUCAUAAUUAAUAUUAAUUAUUGUCUUUAAGGAUUUAUGUAACUUAUUGCUUUGUAAAAUGCAAAUCUUAUUUAAUUA